AUGGCGCCUCCCCCGUUUGAUCCCAAAAGAUUUUACAAAUCAGAAGAGGAAGAAUAUGAGGACAUACAGUGUCAGUGGACACUGUAUGUCCUCAUACACUUGCCGAAAUUACAAGCCGACAAAUCAAUGACAAGAGGGGACACAGACUAUUCAGUGAGUGAUGAGAGCCUGUGCUGCUUCAAGUGGAAGGACAAGAGAACAGUUCACCUCUUGUCGAACUUCCAUGACCCGGCAGAUGAAGUCGAAGUUGACAGAAAAAACAAGGACGGAACUGUCAGCAAGGUAUCCUGCCCUGCAGCCUUGCAAGACUACAACCGCAAUAUGAAUUUCGUUGACAAGUUUGAUCAACUGAAAGGUAAAUACCAGGUUGACAGAAAAUCACGGAAGUGGUGGCACAGGAUUUUCUUCCAUUUUCUCGAUUGCUGCGUUGUGAAUGCGUUCAUAAUCUUCAAAGAACUUGAAGAUUCCGAGAAGACGACCCUCAAAGACUUUCGCAGAAGUGUCAUUGCAUCAUUGACUGCAGAAGGACAAGUUGGCUCUAGCUCUAAGCGAAAGUCAUCAACCAACCAGACUGUCCAACUGAAAAAGUCAAAGCCCUACGUAGCCCCGAUCAUCCGUGUCACUGAGUCCAAGCACCAGCCAAAGAAAUGCACGUCACGGAGGUGUGCAAAUUGCAGCACGAAAGCGCAACCGACAAGAACAACAUGGAUGUGCGAAACCUGCAGCGUCCCACUCUGCCUUAGGAAAGAAAAAAAUUGCUUCUCGGAUUUCCACAGGAAGUGA